GCGUGCCAGUGUGUGCCUCAGCCUGCUGGUGGAGAUGACAUGACUGCGCUUGAGAAAAAGAAAGCAAAGGACCUACGUGGUCAGCAAGUGUUUUUGCGUCCUGAGGAGAGUUCAGCUCCGGCUCUGAGUGCCAGACAGUCCACCACGUUGUCCGAACAACUCCAGGAUGCUCUGUUGCGGCUCGCGGCAGUUGUUGAUGUACGCUCGCUUCGAGUGGCCCUGCGGGACAGCAUACAGGAACUGCUUCCUGGCACGGAGUGCGUAUGCGUCUACACGUUGGAGGGAGACUUGAGGCUGCUGUCUGACGACCCGCCACACGAACUGCCACAGGAGGGAAAGAUCAGGAGCAUUGCAGAGCAGCUGAAGAGAUGCGAGUGCGCUGGCCUUCCUCCRUCUGAGCUGCCGGAGAAAUACAGAAUCUGCCUUGCAGCGCCGUUACCAGCACACAGAAGAGCUGUUGUUAUUCCUGUCUUGGAUCAAGAUCGGAACAAGGUCCUUGCUGUCGUAUUGGUGGGCUGUAACCCACUCUCAGAUCAAGAUGAACUCCAUCUGAAUGUUCUGGAAAAACAUGCCUCGGUGGCCUAUCUACGCAUCCAGUCUGUGCAGACGUCCUAUCAGAGGCCUCCUCUCAGCCCUUCUCCUCUGCAGUCCCACAAUGCUCUGCUGCACCUCAAUGUCUCUGAGCAGGACUACUGCGAGCUGGACCGCAACAUUCUGCAGCUCUGCGGUGAGCUCUACGACCUUGAUGCAGCUUCUCUCCAGCUCAAAGUCAUCAAUUAUCUGCAGCAGCAGACCAAGUCACAGUGUUGUUGUUUGCUGCUGGUAUCUGAGGACAACCACCAGCUAUUUUGCCAGGUUGUUGGAGACAAAGUCCUGGAGGAGGAGAUCAGCUUUCCGGAGGAGCGCAGGCAGCUGUCCAGCAUGUUGGGCUGUGAGAUCUCCUCCAUGCUGUGCGUGCCGGUGGCCAGCAGGGCCACGGGUCACGUGGUGGCUUUAGCCUGCGCCUUCAACAAGCAGGGUGGACAGAGGCGCUCCUACAAGUGGCGAAGAAUCUCUUCACACACUUGGAUGAUGUCUCAGUGCUGUUACAGGAAAUUAUAGUGGAGGCCAGGAACCUCAGCGAUGCUGAGAUUUGUUCGGUGUUCCUGCUGGAUCGAGUGAGCCACGAGUUAGUGGCCAAGGUGUUCGAUGGUGGUGUGGUUAGUGAAGAAGAGAAUGAGUUUCGUAUCCCAGCCGAUCAGGGCAUCGCGGGCCACGUCGCCACCACCGGUCAGAUUUUGAACAUUAAGGACGCCUACUCCCAUCCUCUGUUCUACCGCGGCGUGGACGACAGCACCGGCUUCAGAACUCGCAACAUCCUCUGCUUCCCCAUCAAAGAUGAGAACAACGAGGUGAUCGGUGUAGCCGAGUUGGUGAAUAAAAUGAACGGGCCGUGGUUCAACCGCUUUGAUGAGGAUCUGGCCACAGCUUUCUCCAUCUACUGUGGCAUCAGCAUCGCCCACUCUUUGCUUUACAAGAGAGUCCACGAGGCUCAGUUCAGGUCCCACCUGGCCAAUGAAAUGAUGAUGUACCACAUGAAGGUUUCAGAGGAAGAGGUGACCAAGCUGCUGGUGACCGGCAUCGAACCAGUGAGGGAGAUCCACCCGUGCUACGCUGAGUUCACGUACACGCCCCGCUCCCUUCCUGAUGACACCACACCCCUGUGUGUCCUCAGCAUGUUUGAAGACAUGGGCUUCAUCAACACCUACAAGAUCGACGUGCACACGCUCGCCAGGUUCUGCCUGAUGGUGAAGAAAGGCUACAGAGACCCCCCCUACCACAACUGGAUGCACGCCUUCUCCGUCUCGCACUUCUGCUACCUGCUCUACAAAAACCUAGGGCUGUCCAACUACCUCGAGGAUAUAGAGAUUUUAGCUCUGUUUGUUUCCUGUAUGUGCCACGACCUGGACCACCGUGGCACCAACAAUUCAUUCCAAGUGGCCUCGCAAUCAGUCCUGGCUGCUCUCUACAGCUCAGAGGGAUCUGUGAUGGAGAGACAUCAUUUUGCCCAGGCAAUUGCUAUUCUGAACACUCACGGCUGCAACAUCUUUGAGAAAUUCUCAAGGAAGGACUACCAGCGCAUGUUGGAUUUGAUGAGAGACAUAAUUCUUGCUACAGAUCUGGCUCACCACCUUCGAAUUUUCAAAGACUUGCAGAAGAUGGCUGAUAAUGGCUACAACACAAAAAGUCGUACCCAUCACUCCCUGCUGCUGUGCCUGUUGAUGACGUCAUGUGAUCUGUCCGACCAGACCAAGGACUGGAAAACCACCCGCAAGAUCGCUGAGCUGAUUUACAAAGAGUUCUUCUCUCAAGGAGAUCUGGAAAAAGCCAUGGGGAACCGGCCGAGUGAGAUGAUGGACAGAGAGAAAGCGUACAUCCCAGAGCUACAGAUCAGCUUCAUGGAGCACAUCGCCAUGCCCAUCUAUAAGCUGUUGUCUGAACUCUUCCCCGGGGCCACCGAGCUGUACGAGACCGUGGCGGCAAACCGUGAGCAGUGGACCAAAGUGUCCCACAAGUUUAACAUCCGUGGUUUGCCCAGCAACAACAGCCUGGACUUCCUGGACCAGGAAUACGAGCUGCUUCAGUCCCAGGGUGCUUUCGGGAGCGACGACCACUGCCUCAACGGUUGCCUUGAUGACACAGACGGAGGGCAGGGCCAGUGACAGUGAUGGCGGCCGGCCAGUGGCGGUUUUCCUGCAGCUUGUUUUUGUGUGUGUCUGGUCCAAUAAGAGGCUGAGGAUACCUUUUUUAUGUGACCAAAGAGGGACGGGUCUCUCUGCUGUCAAACACUCUGACACAGGAUUGAAUCAGACAGGUGACCUGAAACAAAGUGGCUUCAUCUGAGUCAGUUCUCUGAUUAGAUGCUCUGUGUUGCUUCUGUCAACCAGCUGAGGAGGGUGAAAUUUUAUCCUUUUUUUUUUUUCGUCAGCAGCUCCAUUGGAAGAAAAACUGACUCAGUCAGAAAUCCAUUCACACAGUUCAGAACCUGCUGAAGAUUGUAAAAACGCACACAGAUCGACACAUGUACACGUGCACAUACUGUUCAGACUACUUCAACAUGUGACACUGAGAUGAUACGUUGUGUAAAAUGUUUCAUAAGAGCUUAUUUUUCAUUUAAACAGCUCCGCUUCGUUCACACAAAUGCAGCUGCCCUCUUUGCAUGUGACUGCGAGACGUGGGGGCACCUCAUGAAUUGUUCUUUUUUUUUUAUCUGGGUCAGUGUUGGUUUUCUCCAUUCAUUAAAAAAAAACGAUGUAACACAAACAUGUUUCGACCACAUCAGAGCACGUUUUGUUCAUUUAUGACCUGGGAGUUUUUGUCCAUUUAAACUUAAACCAGAUUUAUUUUAUUUUAUUUUAUUUUAUUUUAUUUUAUUUUUAUUUUUUUAAUCUCCCUUAUUGUUUUGCUGAGGUUUAGGUGACACUUUGACAAUCACUCAUAAACAGCAUCACAGAUCCCCGACCUGCUUCURUACAUUAAACAAACAAACAAAAAAAAMCACACUUUCUGUGGAUACAAAGUCACCAAAUCAAAUCAAAAGCCACCCACGACCUAAAAGCAUUCUUUGCAUUUGUUCUUUUGCACUUUUUUGUUCUCAUUUCUCACAAACCUACCAUCGAUUGAGAAACAGGAACCCUUUAAAAGAUCCGUCUCAUUCGUCCGCGUAAGUGUGCUACAAGUAGAGUGUGUUUAUAUUGUGUGUCACCGAGUGUGUCAUAUGGAUCUGCCUUAUUGCGCAUCUUUGCUGCCUUUCUUAGAGCUUUUAAUAUAUAAAACCUAAAUAGUCUGUUUAAUGUUGGGUCGCAGCGCGAGAAUCGUGUCGACACGAUCACACCGACGACGUGUAUAUUUGUACAACCUUUGUUUGAGAAGAGUUUUCAUUCUGUUUGUUCCUGUCUGUACAACCAGCUCCGAGUGUUCAAGGCAGAUAAAUAUAUUUUUGCUUUGGGUGAUCCCCAAAAAGCACUUCUAUAUGUAUAUUUAAAAAAACAACUGAACAAGAGAUGUAGCCAUCAUAGAAAUUUUUCGUUCUUGAAACACAGUUGCUGCACUCCGACGGUGUUGGGUUGUCUGAUUUGUGCCUCAUAAAAAAAGAAGAAAAGAAAAAAAAACACUUCAGGGCCAAGGGUAUCUUUGUUUCAACAUGCCAUAAGUUUUACUUUACAAUAACUAAGAAAAUGCUGCAGAGUUGAAGUAAAAAUGACGGAGGGCGUGUGUAACGGACAGAGCUGUAGAAGAUAAGAAGAGAGAAAAGGAUGGAAAAAUAUGGUUUAGGAUCAGGAGAGGAAUGGGGGCAAAACAGCUGCUGAAGGUGAGACAAACCUCAAAUCAUCUACAAAUGAGUUCUGUCAUAGACAGAAGAGACACAUCUUCAAGAAUCAAAGAGUCCAGCUGCCUUGAAGAAAUGUCUCUUCUCAUGCAAGGAUUUCUAAAUUAAAAGGUGCGACGUGUGUUUGCAAAUCACUUUUCCUCCCAUCCCUCCUGAGGAUCAAGGUUUUUGUUAUCCUGGCCCACGUGCAAGAGCAAAAAUUAUAAAUCCGAGCAGCACUUUACAGCACAAUCUGUGCCCUCAUUUACCCAUCUGCACAUUCAUUCAGCACUGCUGUAUCUCUGCAAAGCUAAUCUAGAUAAAUCAUUCUGCAGAGACUAAUCAGUGCUUUAGAUCAGGGCUUCCCAAACAUUCUUAGUCUUUCUUUUGUUACUAAACAACAAGUUAUUUUAUGUCUCUUCAKACAUACCUCACAUCAGCUAUGACACCUCUGACGAAGAUGGAAGCAAAUACGUCGAAACAUGUCAGGUAURUCUGGAGAGACAAAAUAACAGUGUCUAGUAACAAAGAAAGGUUGUAGGAAUUAUUAGAUGUGCACGAUGAACUUGACUGGAUUGUUCCCAAACAUUUCCAUGCCAUGGCCCCCCAAACAGCAUUGCAAACUCAAAAACACUGCAACAAAACAUGUAAAGAAGCAUAAACUUCUAUUCAGCCGUUAWUAUAUUUGUUUAGCAUAUUAAAUUUAUUAACUAAGGUUUGAACACUUUAUUAUACUUACACUGAAAAAACAACUUUUCAACAAGAAUUGCAUUGUUUAUUCUUCCCUACAGCUUUCUGAGGCCACAACCCCCACUUUGAAAAACCCUUCUUUAGAUCACAUUCAUACACCAAUGGGACCCACAUCAGGGGCAGGGGCAAUGAAGGGUUCAGAGUUUUGCCCUUCAACUGAAUAGUGGUGGAAUCGAAAUCCCAACUCUCUCAUUUAAGGAAUACUGCCCAAACUAAACUGUAUAAAUGCAGAGGACAACACAGUCAGAACCCAGUGGUCCUCCUACCCCUCAGGGACAAGGGACGCACAUAUGAGGACAGUAAUGGACACAUUUUGGGCAAAGAUGAUUUAUGGUUUGAGAGAGGAUGGUGGGGGGGGAAAAGGCUCCCUUAUGUCAAACAGGAACAUUAAAGAGAGGAGGUGGUCUCAGRUUUUACCUUCUCAGCACAUACAGUUCAGUCUGAUCUACAAACAUCGAUUUGCACCUUCAUGCACGUGACCAGAACAUCCAGGUUAAAUCAUAAGCUCGUAACUUUACAACAUUCAGUUUAGGGUCGAGAAAUUUAUAAAAGCUACAAUCAUAAGUUGUAAGAAUGUGAUUUUGCUUUGAAAAGACAUAAUGAAAAUUCAUUUUUUUUGGAAAACUAAUUGGUUUGUAAAGUGGUUUGACGUAUGUGUCUCACCUUCAGCCUGAGGUUAACGUGUUGUUCAGGUCUGCUUUGAAAUGGUUCAUGAACUUUCUAUGAUGUUUUUAAAGGGCAUACAGGUGUUUGUAAAAGAAAAGCCACCCUUGUUUCUUUCUCAGACCCCUUUUUCUAUUGUUGAUAAAACACCUUUCAUACGUACCUGCCUUUUUCAUGUGCAAUAUCAAGUGUCUGCCUCUAUGACGUUACAUAGAUAAAUAUGUAAAUAGGAUUUAGUAAAUCCCUAUGCCUCUUGGUAAAUUAUUGCUUUAAGGUCUGAUUUGCCAAAAGCUUUUAAGUGUUAGUUCGUGUUGUUUCCAUUAAAAAAAAGUAAGUGGAAUUAUUUUAAUUCUAUCAUGUUUUUGAGAGUUCAGACCUUUGACAGUUUUCUAUAAUGUGUGUGUGUGAGAGUGUGUGAGUGUGUGAGUGUAUCUGUCCUGUAAUGUUUGGUAAAGAGUCAGGGCAAAAUGUGCCAAGCAAACAUUUUCUACUUCCUGGACAAACUGGGAGUUGUAGACCAGACGUGACUUAAAGAAAAGUUUAUUCUUCGACACCCGAAGGGCCGAUGGGCUGCGAUUUGUCUUCAGCUCGUUUGUGAACCCGAUCCACUGUAACCACCCCCCCCCCCCCCACCCAAUCACAGCAGAAAUCUGGCCUGUGGUGGGAUGUCAAUGUAACCAUCACCUGUGACACAUUUGCUAAAGGUUGCAAAAGUAUAUUUGCUGUAAAUAACAAAGUUUUAAAAAGCAACUGUUUUUUUUUUUUUUGAUUGUCUGUCAUCAUUACAAGUAGAAGUACUGUAUUUUGAUUCUGUAAUGUAUUUAAAGUGGUUGCUUCUUUUUUUUUUUCUAAGCCAUUUUUGAACAACUCCGGGAGGGGAUGAGAGAAAAUGACGUGUGUAUUUAGGAUUUAAAGGUGAUAUUCUACCACAAAAUAAACAAAAACUCAGACUAAUUGUAUAAAUGAUGUUUAUACUAAGAGGUAAAUCUAGUCAUCAUCUUCUGAUUAGUUCUGUCGGGUGGUGUUGUUCUUCUACAGAUGUAUGUAACUUGGACAUUUUGGAGAAAGAGACAAAUAGAUGACCWUUUGUUUUAUUUUUUUUUUCUUUCUUGAAAUAAAUCUAGUUAAAAGUG